CCAGGGUCGCUGCCCCCCCUGCGUGACGUCAUCCGAGCGGCGGAGCUCCGUUGCGGGGGAGCCGAGCGCUCCUGCGGGGGUGCGGAGCGAGGAGCGCGGUGGGACGCGCAGGGAGCUGCCGAGCCGUGGGCUUGCCCAGUUUCAUUGGGCUGGGAUGAUUUAAUGCCGCGUCAGGUGGUUCUGCCGGUAAAUCCGUCACGUGAGCUGCCCGUCCGGCCGCCGGCAGCGAAGAUCCCGCAUCACCACCUAUGGACGCGCAUAGCGGCCAGCAGCCGGGCCGGGGCCGCCGCCCGGAGCGCUGUGCCGCGGUCAGCGGGGUCUGACGGGACACUGACAGCGCGCUCGCGCGUUCCGGCUACGCGACGGGACAAAGUUAGUAACAAACAUCAGAGCUGGUUCCCUUUUAGUUUUUCGUGAGGAACUCGGGACAACCUGCGAGCUGCUCGCCCGGCUCGCGGUAGCGGCUCCCAGAGGCUGACGGCUCUGCCCCCGGCUGCCCGCAGCGCUGGGAGCUUCGAGCGGCACCGACGGCGGGGCUGAGCGCGGAGCCCCCGGACGGCGCCAGAGCGGGACGUCGCCGCUGCGGGGCACGGCAGGGGCGGGCUGUUACAGAAUGACCUUGUGCUGAGCUUUUGUGGGGAAAAAAAGACUUAAUCAUUCUUCAAUGUGCAUCAUUCUGUUCAAAUUUGAUCCUCGGCCAGUUUCAAAAAAUGCCUACAGACUUAUUCUAGCAGCUAAUAGAGAUGAAUUUUACAACAGACCAUCCAAAUCAGCAGAUUUUUGGGACAGCAGCAAUGAAAUCCUGAGUGGUCUGGAUAUGGAGGAGGGAAAAGAAGGUGGGACGUGGCUGGGAAUCAGUAAGAAAGGCAGGAUGGCAGCCCUGACAAACUAUAUGCAGCCAACGACUGACAAAAAUGCAAAAGGAAGAGGUGCUCUUGUAACGAACUUCUUGACUUCAGAUCUGGACUGUUACUCUUACUUGAAGAAAGUUUCAGUAGAAGGACAUCUUUAUAACGGAUUUAAUUUAAUAGCAGCUGACUUGAAUACCACCAAAGGAGAUGUAAUUUGCUACUAUGGAAACAAAGGAGAACCGGAACCUGUUUUCUUAAAUCCUGGAAUAUAUGGACUAAGUAAUUGUUUGUUGGAUACACCGUGGAAGAAACUUCAGUAUGGGAAACAGCUUUUCACAGAAGUCAUCAACAGAAGUCAAGACCUUGCCAAAGAGGACUUAGUGCAGGAGCUCCUUACAGUGAUGAAUAAUCAAGAGCCUCAAUUACCUGACCCUGCAAUUGAAGAUCAAGGGAAGGAAUACAUACGUCCCAUAUUGAACAAGUAUGCAGCUGUGUGUGUUCGUUGCCCAGGGUAUGGAACAAGAACAAACACAGUCCUUCUCAUUGAUUCAGAAGGAAACGUUACUUUCACAGAGCGCACCAUGAUCAACGAGGAUGUCAGCCAGUGGAAAACAAGCACCUAUGAAUUCAAACUGCACAUGUAACAACUUUCCAUGUGAUUGCAUUGUAAUAAAAACAAUGAAAACAAGCUGUUAAGCUCCGGGAAAUGUUUUCUGCCAGCCUCUGGAAGCCAAAAAAAGCAAGAGAAGCAAAAGUUGUUUCAAAUAGAUCGUGUAAGCUAUCAAUCUCACAAAUCCUUUGCAUAAAACCAUGUUUCUUGCUGUUCUGAUAUUAAGUUACAACUUUAAAACAAAUGUCUGACCCUGUAGCUUUGUUUUAUCAUCUAAGCUUAAAAAAAAUUGGAAAGUACCAAACAGGAUACUGUGACUUGCAUAUAACUGCUUUAUUUUUAUUUCAACCAAAGCUAAGAAUAUAUGCAGCUGCUUGGAGAAUCAAUCUUCAGCUAACUUUCAAAUCUAAAUUUUAUCUAAAAAUUAGAUUUUUAUCAUUUGCACUUGGAAUUGGAAAGAAAUCAGCUGCAGUUCCAUUUCUUUUCACAGGUUCCUUUAAUUUCUUUUCACUCAGAUACAACUAUCCUGUAUGAUGCCUGAAACCAAUGUCUAGCAGUCAUAGAACAUAAGAUCAGAGGGAUUGUGAGACCACCUGGUCUAACACCUGUUUCCAGGGCAAGGCUGUCUUUGCCCAACAUGCAAGUUCUUGCUUUUUUUUUAUGUAUGUUUUAAAGAAAUACUAACCUUGCAUUCAAUUCAGAGGAGGAGUAACACUUGCUGCCUUUCUUUUUUACAAAACUCCCCUCCC